GACGAGGAGAGCGUAAUGGAGCCCCAAACCAAAGACUUUACCCGCAGGGCCCGCCCUCUCCUCCAGGGCCACCCGCGAGUGGGCGGGGACAGCCCUCCCAGCUGCUGCCGCUGCCGCCAGCCGGGGGCCCCCAGUGCGCGCCUUGGCCCGGGCUCCCUUGCGCUUCCGCACCCCCAGGGGCUCACAAUGCUGAGGAUUGUCAUCUGUGCCGCCACCAUCCUGGGGUCUAUCUUAGCCCAGGAGCCCCGAGGCCACGUCUCCAUCAUCCUCCUGGGAGCCACGGGGGACCUGGCCAAAAAGUACCUCUGGCAGGGACUGUUCCAGCUGUACCUGGACGAGGCGGGCGACGGCCACAGCUUCAGCUUCCACGGGGCGGCCCUGACGCGGCCCGAGCAGGGGCAGCUGCUGAUGGCCCAGGCCCUGGAGAAGCUCUCCUGCCCCUCGGACAUGCUGCCCGAGCGCUGUGCCCAGCUCAAAGGGCAGUUUCUGCAGCUGAGCCAGUACCGGCAGCUGUGGACGGCCGAGGACUACGUGACCCUCAGCAAGGACAUUGAGGCCCGGCUCCAGCAGGAGGGGCUUCAGGAGUCUGGGAGGAUCUUCUACUUUUCCGUCCCUGCCUUCGCCUAUGCAGAGAUUGCUCAGCAUAUCAACAGCAGCUGCCGGCCGGGCCCAGGAGCCUGGCUGCGUGUGGUCCUCGAGAAGCCCUUUGGGCAUGACCGCCGCUCGGCCCAGGAGCUCUCCAAGGAGCUUGGAAGCUUCUUCCGAGAGGAGGAGAUGUAUCGUGUAGACCACUACCUUGGCAAGCAGGCAGUGGCCCAGAUCCUGCCCUUCCGAGACCGGAACUGGAAAGCCCUGGACCGACUUUGGAACCGGCACCAUGUGGACAGGGUAGAGAUUGUCAUGAAGGAGACGGUGGAUGCAGAGGGUCGGACCAGCUUCUAUGAAGAGUACGGAGUCAUCCGGGACGUCAUCCAGAACCACUUGACUGAGAUCCUGACCUACGUGGCCAUGGAGUUGCCCCGGAACCUCAGCAACCCGGAGGAGCUGCUCCGGUCCAAGCUGCGGACCUUCCGGGCCCUUCGGAGCCUGGAAAAGGGGAGCGCGGUCCUCGGGCAGUACCAGGCAUACAACGAGCAGGUCCAGAGGGAGCUGCAGAAGCCUGCCGGGUAUAUGAGCCUGACGCCGACCUUCGCAGGCGUCCUUCUUCAAAUCGACAACCUGCGCUGGGAGGGCGUCCCCUUCAUCCUGAUGUCCGGGAAGGCCCUGGAUGAGAGGGUGGGCUACGUCCGGGUGGUAUUCAAGAACCGGGCGUACUGCACCCAGAGCGAGAGCCACCGGGACUCCGGGAAGAGCCAGUGCCAGCCCAGACAGAUCAUUUUCUAUAUCGGGCACGGGACGCUGGGCAGCCCCGCGGUGCUGGUCAGCAGGAACCUAUUUAAGCCCUCGCUGCCGCCUGGGAGCUGGCAGGAGAUCCAGGAAAUGCCCACGCUGCACCUCUUUGGUCAACAGCUGGCCGAUUUCCACGCCUACCGCCCCCGCCAGGAGAGAGACGCCUACUCGGUUCUGAUCUCCCACAUCUUCCACCGGCGGAAGGAUUUUUUCAUCACGACGGAGAACCUGCUGGCCUCCUGGGACGUGUGGACCCCGCUGCUGGACAGCAUUGCUCAGGAGGUGCCCCGGCAGUACCCGGGGGGGACCAGCAACGAGCACCUGCUGGACUUUGAGCAGGAGGGCAGCCAGGUGGUCUUUGUUCAGCGGGAGGUGGAGCAGCUGGUGUCCGGCCCCGGCCCCAUGCCUAGAGACUUCAGCGUCCUGCAGGCCAAGUUCCGGCAGAGCCCUCUUGUCUCAGCCUGGCCUGAGGAGCUGAUCGCCCGGUUGGCGUCCGACAUCGAGGUGGCCGCUGAGCGGGCCGUGAAGCGCUCCGGGGAAUUCCACCUGGCCUUUUCGGGGGGCGCCAGCCCCGUGGCCCUGUUUCAGAGGCUGGCCACGAGGCACUACAGCUUCCCUUGGGGCCACACCCACCUGUGGCUGGUGGAUGAGCGGUGCGUCCCGCUGACCGACCCGGAAUCCAACUUCCAGGGUCUGCACGUCCACCUGCUCCAGCACGUCCGGGUGCCGUACUGCAACAUCCACCCCAUGCCCGUCCACUUGCACCGGCGGCUCUGCGUGGAGGAGGACCAGGGCGCCGAGCUCUACGCCAAGGAGAUCUCAGCCCUGGUGACCAACAGGAGCUUUGACCUUGUGCUGCUGGGUGUGGGCACUGACGGGCACACAGCCUCGCUCUUCCCUCACUCGCCCAGUGGCCUGGGAGGGGAGAAGCUGGUGGUGUUCACCGAGAGCCCCGCCAAGCCUCACCAGCGCAUGAGCCUCAGCCUCCCCCUCAUUAACCGGGCCAAGGAGGUGGCCGUCCUCGUGAUGGGCAAAAGGAAGAGGGACAUCGCCCUCCAGGUGAGCCGGGUGGGCCACGAGCCCGAGAAGUGGCCCAUCUCCGGGGUCCUGCCUGCUUCUGGCCAGCUCGUUUGGUACAUGGACUAUGAAGCCUUUCUGGGCUGAUGGCCCUCCCUGCUCCCCAAAGAACUCCGUGCCUGAUGGCCGUACAUUCCGAUACCCCCAAGAGGGUAGGGAGAGGAGCGGGUAAUAGCUAUGAAUUGGACAAGAUGGGGAGCAGUCCAAAAAAGGCUGGAUUUGAAGUCAGAGGAUCUGAGUUCAAAUGCUGGCACUAAUAUGCUGCUGUGUGGCCUUGGGGAAGUCACUAAACUUCUCUGGGCCUCAGUUUCCUCAUGUGUCAAAUGAGGGGGGUGGGUUUGGACUAACUGAUCUCUCAGGUCCCCUCCAGCUCUAAAUCUAUGAUAUGUAACUACUGUGGUCCCUUCCAACUCUGAGAUUCUGUGAAACUGUGAUUUAGAGGAUUAAUUCAAUGACUACUAUGAACAGGAAACCACCCAGCCCUUCCAGGGCCUGGAGAUGGAAGAAACAAACCAUUUCCUUCUAUACCUCCAAGAGACUUUUCUUCUGCCUGGGGAGAGAAGAUGCCUUCUGUGAAAAGGACAAACCACCAUGUCCAGAAGUGCCAAGAUAAUAAGGUGCGAGCUGAGCCAGCAGGAUGCCAAGAAAAAUGGCAGUCAGAGCAGGGUGAGGCUAAUCAGGGCUGGCUUCCUGGAGGAGGCAAGUUUUUGGCAUUGGCCUUGGGAAAAGGGACAGAGAGGACACUAGGACUGAGAAAUGGUCAAGGGUCGGUUCAGGAAGCAGUAGCGAGCUCUUUGUUGUUGGGGAAGGGCGGUUAAGUCAGCUGCCUUGUCUAGAAAAGAAUUCUUGCUGUGAAAUGCUGAAACAGGGAUGAAGAAAGAUGGGAGGCUACUGGUGGUCAGCCUGACAAUACCUCAUGUUUCCAUCGACCUUAAAGGUCGACAAAGUACUUUACAGAAAGCCUGUGAAGUAGGUGCUAUCAUUAUUCUCAUUAUACAGAUAGGAAUCAGAGGUCCAGAGAGUCUGAGGCACCUGCUCAGGGUCACUCAGCUAGGAAGUGUUUUAAGCUGGUUUUGAGCCCAGUCCUCCUAACUCCACAUCCAAGCACAUUAGGCUCCACCCCAUGGCCAAGAGAACUGAACACCAGCUUCAAAAACUAGGAAUUGACGCCACAAGCCAUGCCUUCCCAGGAGCUCCAUUCUAUCAGCCAGGAGCUCGUGGUCUCUCUCUUAUCUGGAAGGAGCAGCCACCUCCUCUUCUGCCUUUACCUGGAUCACCUGGGCCAGGGGAAGGCCAUGGGACCAGCAGCCGGGCCGCCUCCCAUCACUCAGCCUUGCCGUAUCACCUUCAACGUGCCUUCUCCUGGCGAAUAUUUCACUUUUGGGGGAAGGAAAGCUCCAGGAUACUUAGAACGGACCAGGAAUUCUGGGCCGUGGCUUCAUAAAAUCUCAGGGUUAUCUCUAGUCAUCUCAAAGGGAGUGUAAAAAUUUUAAAACAAAAAUUUUUUUAAUCCUCUUUCCUUCACAUAGAGAUAGUAUGCUAUUGUAGAUAAGAAUGUCAGUGAGUAAGUAUAGACAUGUAUAUGUAUAUACACACACACAGAGAAAAAAGAGAGGGAUAAUAAUAUAGUGUAUGCACACAUACAAAUGUGAGUCAUAACUUACAAAGUGGUGAGGUUUUAUUAGCUGUAUCAUCUAAAUGCAUGUGUUCAUAUAUGAAUAUCUGCACAUGUGUAUACAUAUGCAGAUGUGUAGAUAGAAAUAUACAUUUCCAUAUGUUUCCCAGAAAAUAUAUUUCUGUAUACACAUGUGUAUAUACAUAUAUUCACACGUGUAAGCACAUACAUGUGUAUACAUAUGUGUGUACAUGCAUGAAUAUAUAGAUAGGUGUGUGUCUUUGUAUACAUAUGUGUGUAUAUCCACAUGCAUGUAUAUAAGUAUGUAGAGAUACAUGUAUGUAUCUCUAUAUACUUACAUUUAGAAUUCCUUUCUGGGCAUUGCAACACCAGAGAAGCUUUGAAAUACCUGGAGAAGAGAGUCCAGGUGUACACACUGUCACACACACACACACACACACACACACACAAUAUGCCCUGGGGAUGAUGUCACAGCCAAAUUCAUGAGCUGAUAUGGUUUAGACUCGUCCAGGCUAAUCGUCACAAGACUUUGAUUAAGGCAUGUGAGAAUUGUCUGAGCCAGCACCCUGGUGUGAAUUUCCCAUCUACCCUUGCCCAGUGGCUAAUCAGAGCAGACUCUCUUAUUCUUAUUUCAAAUCAAGAGAUGAGUAGCCUUGACAGGAUCUCAGUUUCUAAGUUUGCUAAUUGUUCUUCCCUGUUCCCUCCUAUGCUUUUUAGUUUUAGCUGUGAUAUGGAGGAGGACCAGAUAAUCUUUUUUUUUUUGCCAGACAAUCGAGGGUAAGUGACUUGCCCAGGGUCACACAGCUAGUGAGUUAUCAUGUGUCUAAGGCCGGAUUUGAAUGGACUAGAUAAUCUUAAAGCUUCAGCCCAGUCCUGAUGUUCUAGGAUGCUGGCAUGGUGGGCUCAGACCCUCAGAUCUAGAAGUCCAUUUAGUCCAUCCUGUAGCUGGACAGGAAGACCCUCUGAAGCGCCCCUAGCCAGUGGUGGCUCAUCCUUGGCUUGAGGGAACCCCCCCACCCAGUUUCACUUCGAGACAGCCCUAAAUAGGAAUUUUUUUCUGAUGUCAAGUCCUAUGGUGGCCACUUGGUGGCGCUAGUGCAUCACAACUUUUUUCCAAACUUCUUAGCUGGAAUCAAACUGCAGUGAGAGUGUCUCACACCCUCUGGAGCAGGCAGGUGGUCAAAUUUCCAGAGACCACCGACCUAGGGUGGGAAGGGACCUCAGAGGUCAUUAGGUCCAAUCCCCUCAUUUUUCAGAUCAGGAAACUGAGGCCCAGGGAGGG